GUUUCUUUUGGAGCCCCCCAGGGCGAAUCCCUCAAUGCUGCAGAUAUAGUGCUAGCACUGAGCUGCCUGCAGGAUUUGGGUGUGACCGGUACGCAAAAAAGUCACCCAAUUCAAGCAGGCGUUGCCCGACCAGGUAUCUCCUUCAGCUUACAUUUGGGCCUUGUGACAUGGGGAAAGCACCUGCCAGCAACAUCAUGCUGCAUAAGACAGGGUUUCAACGAGGAGCGCCAAAACAGACGUUUGCCAUCCUCUUGUAUGUUAAGCUGCAGCAUUGGUAGUCGUCGUCGCCUCUAGUCAAGACCAGGCCUCAGACGGUGGGGAACAAACUUGUAAAACAGGUGUUCUGUGCUGCAACAGUUGGAGGGUUAAGGGUUAAGGGUUAAGGGUCAACGUUGACAGCAUGGGGCGGGCCAGGGGUCUGGGGCUGCAACCGCUUGGGACGGUCCUGAUGGCCAUUUGUGCACUGUGCUGCGGCAAUGUUCCAACCGCAUCUGCAUGCGACGCCGCAGAUCCAUUCAUCGGCCAAAUCUGCUGGGUAGCAUUUACCUACGCACCAAGGAAUUGGGCAUUCUGCGACGGACAGCUGAUGCAAAUCUCCGAAAAUCCGGCUUAAUUUUCUCUCAUCGGCACAACCUCCGGGGGGGACGGCAGGCAAACCUUUGCUCUUCCCAACAUGCAAGGCCGCAUUCCUGUCGGCGUGGGACAGGGUCCUGGGCUAUCAGGCUACAUGGUUGGGGAUUCUGGAGGCUCAGAGACCGUGAGUCUCACUCCGGACGGGCUCCCGGUACGCGGCCACACCACCACUGUGCUGCAACAGGCUUCGGGCGCCCCACUGACGUCUAGCCCUCCCAACACGGGCGUUGUGGUACCCACCACGACUGGCGGUACCAAAACUUUUGGCCUGCAGACCACGGUGGCAGGCGGGGGGAUCCCCCACAACAACAUGCAACCGUACACCACUCUCAACUGCAUCAUCUGCUUGCAAGGGAUCUUCCCAGCCAGAGAUUGAAUAGCGGGACGUCGGGGUCUUUGCUGGCGCCCUUGCACCGGUCGUCGUAUAAGGUUCUAGCUGGAGGCCCGUAAUUCGUGCAUUUCUUUUCGGUUUAUGUUGAACUCGGACCGUAGUAGUGAGCCGUCCGUCAAUCUACCCAAGUGCUAGGCAGACUGUUCGGAGGUGCCCUUGAUGCCCAAUGGCGGGAUGCGGUUCCACUCACUUCCGUACUUGACUGGCGUGAUUUGAACGGGCGUCCCCCAAUGUGGUUUGAAGACGAGUGUCAUUGCGGUUCUCAGCCCACAUGGAUUUUGAGCGACCGUCACAGCGCAAAGACUCGUGAGUGGUCGCCGAGAGGAUCAGGGUCCUCCGACGGCCCCUAUCAAGGCAGCUUCAGGACAAGAGAGGAGCAAGGGCGACCUCGACCUCUCAAAUGUUUAGUUCAUUGUGAAAGAUACAAUUUUCCAUAACCAAUGCUUGCACCGCGAGCAAUUGUGGUAGUUUGAACAGCUGACGUAGUUGGAGAAAACGUACGGAACUUGACACGUGGCUGUUGAGAACGUCUCACGAAGCAAGAGAACUGUCAUGCAAUGUUUUGCACGUUAGCGAUCGAUGCGCAG